AUGGCGUAUGUUAAAGAAUUGGAUAUAUUCCGUGCGGUUAGUCAGUGGAUUAAAGACAACCAAGACAAACUAGGUCCUAACGAAAAAACCAACAUUUUAUCGGCCAUCAGAUAUCAGCUUAUGGAUGAAAAAGAACUGUCUGAAGUUAGGCGAUCUAAGCUGGUUCGUUCGGAUAGAAAUAUUUUAGAUGUCAUAAAGAAGUCCCUUACACAAACAUUAAAUGAUCGAGGACGAUUAGAACCAAAUGUGAAUUUCGCUCAAGAAAAUUUGAUAGAGGUUUCUCAAAUUGACGGCGGUACCAUGAUCGUGCUGGAUCAUCCAGUGAAUAUAAACUAUAUCGAAAUGGAAUUAUGUUCUUGCACUUACUCCUAUUAUAUUGAAGUAUCAAUAGCUAAGUACAGUUGGUUUCGUGUGAUUGAUCAUUCAAAUUACGAUUCUCCAAAGUACAAUGUUGCUUCAUCAUCUAUGGAUGCCACUGUAACCAAUGGAUAUCCACAUUGGACUAUCAAAGUAGUAGAGACAUUGCCCGAUAAGAUUCAAAACGCCAUUUUGUACGAUGACUAUAAAAAUUUACUUUUGGAUCGUGGAUAUACAUAUCACGACCUGGAAUUGGGGUGCAUAGAGGUUCAACUCGCACAACCGUAUUUGCUAAGUUCAAUGAGGAUGCUGCUUUGGGACCACCAAAAGUUUACCUACGGUUACACUGUUCAUGUUUCAGUCAAUCAUGAAGAUUGGUUCUUGAUUAUAGAUAAAUCUAAUAAAUCGUGCCAAUCGUGGCAGUUGUUGCAAUUUGAACAAAGGCUGGUAGUGUAUAUACGUGUUACUGGCGUUCACACUUCAUGUCCUGACAAAACUUUUAAUUUAAAAUAUUUGGAGGCACCCGCUCAAGUAUCGCUAGCUUUCAUCAUCAAAAAACCGUGGAAGUCGAUACCGUGGCUAUUAAAUCGGAAAUAG